CUUACCAACGACCAGUUUAAAUUGGAGGCACCUAUAAUCCUCUCUCCUUGUCUUUCUCGUUUUUCACGAAAUGAAGGCGUCUUUAAAGGGCAAGUAUGAUAAUGACAAAAGCAGCACCGCUGCUACUGUCGCCUUCAACGCCGGCGAUGUUAAGCUCCGGGCUUCCAUAACUGACGCCACAGUCGUCAACGGCCCUAGCUUAAACGGCCUGGCUUUAGCUGUCGAGAAACCUGGCUUCUUCAUAAUUGACUACAACGUUCCGAAAAAGGAUUUUAGGUUUCAGUUUAUGAACUCAGUUAAGGUUGUGGACAAGCCCUUGAAUUUGACAUACAUUCAUUGUAGAGGGGAUAACCGGACUAUUUUGGAUGGGACUCUUGUGGUUGAUUCAGCGAACAAGAUAUCUGCUAAUUAUAUGCUCGGUACAGAGAAUUGCAAGUUGAAGUAUACCUAUGUGCAUGGAGGACUGACUUCGUUCGAGCAAUGUUAUGAUUUUGCAAAGAAUUCAUGGGAUUUUGCUGGAUCUCGAAAGGUUUAUGGUGAUGAUGUGCUCAGGGCUGUGUAUCAAACGUCAAGCAAGAAUCUGGGCAUGGAGUGGUCAAGGAAUUCAAAGCUGAAUGGGAAUUUCAAGGUUUCUGCAUCCAUCAAUUUGGCUGAGGAGUCAAAAAUGCCAAAAUUAACUGCAGAGAGCACAUGGAACUUUGAGAUGUGAUGCAUUUCAUCAGUAUUCUUUCCUGGUUGUAACAUUUACCGGUUGUUUUGACAAACAGCUCCACCUUUGGUUGUGCCCAUGAUUGCUUUAAGCUUAUUUUUGUCCUUGAAUAUUGUCUAUAAUUAUAAAUUGAACUGAUCACCUGGUCAGGGGCAGCUCUGUGGCACCGUUUGUCAAACUGUUAAAUCUCUCUUUUGAAACAUGCGUGCGGUCACUUUUGUUGCAA